CAGCUCCCGCGCCCCAUCGGCCGCGGGCUGCGAGCGCGCUGGGCGGCAGAGGUGCUCAAGCCUUCGACCGGUUCACAGCUGGGCGGCAGCCCCAGUGCCCUCCCGCCCGCACAGCCGUGCAGAGAGGCCCGGCCGAGAGGGCUUGGCUCGCGCCCAGUGCCUGGCUCCCGGAGUAAACGGCGCACCGAGCGGCGAUGACCGCCGAGGAGAUGAAGGCGACCGAGAGCGGGGCGCAGUCGGCGCCGCUGCCCCUCGAGGGGGUGGACAUCAGCCCCAAGCAAGACGAAGGCGUGCUGAAGGUCAUCAAGCGAGAGGGCACUGGCACAGAGACGCCCAUGAUUGGGGACCGUGUCUUUGUCCACUACACUGGCUGGCUGUUAGAUGGCACCAAGUUUGACUCCAGUCUGGACCGCAAGGACAAAUUCUCCUUUGACCUGGGCAAAGGGGAGGUCAUCAAGGCUUGGGAUAUUGCUGUAGCAACCAUGAAGGUGGGAGAGGUGUGCCACAUCACCUGCAAACCAGAGUAUGCCUACGGUUCGGCAGGCAGCCCUCCAAAAAUCCCCCCCAAUGCCACGCUUGUAUUUGAGGUGGAGUUGUUUGAGUUUAGAGGAGAGGACCUGACAGAAGAAGAAGAUGGGGGGAUCAUCCGGAGAAUACGGACUCGGGGCGAAGGCUAUGCCAGGCCCAACGAGGGUGCCAUCGUGGAGGUUGCACUGGAAGGGUACUACAAGGACCAGAUGUUUGACCGGCGGGAGCUCCGCUUUGAGGUUGGCGAGGGGGAGAGCCUGGACCUGCCUUGUGGGCUGGAGAAAGCCAUUCAGCGCAUGGAAAAAGGAGAACAUUCCGUUGUGUACCUCAAGCCCAGCUAUGCUUUUGGUAACGUGGGGAAGGAAAAGUUCCAGAUCCCGCCGAAUGCUGAGCUGAAAUACGAAGUACACCUCAAGAGUUUCGAGAAGGCCAAGGAGUCUUGGGAGAUGAACUCCGAGGAGAAGCUGGAGCAGAGCACCAUAGUGAAAGAGCGGGGCACCGUGUACUUCAAGGAAGGCAAGUAUAAGCAAGCUUUACUGCAGUACAAGAAGAUUGUCUCCUGGCUGGAAUAUGAGUCCAGUUUCUCUAAUGAGGACGCCCAGAAGGCCCAGGCCCUUCGGCUGGCCUCCCACCUCAACCUGGCCAUGUGUCACCUGAAACUACAGGCCUUCUCCGCGGCCAUUGAGAGCUGUAACAAGGCCCUGGAACUGGACAGCAACAACGAGAAGGGCCUUUUCCGCCGCGGAGAGGCCCACCUGGCGGUGAAUGACUUUGACUUGGCACGGGCUGACUUCCAGAAGGUCCUGCAGCUCUACCCCAGCAACAAAGCCGCCAAGGCCCAGCUGGCCAUCUGCCAGCAGCGGAUCCGCAAGCAGCUUGCGCGGGAGAAGAAGCUCUAUGCCAACAUGUUUGAGAGGCUGGCCGAGGAGGAGAGCAAGGCCAAGGCAGCAGAAGCCGCAGGAGACCAUCCUGCUGACGCAGAGAUGAAGGAGGAGCAGAAGAACGAAGUGGCGGGGAGCCAGCCUCCGGUGGAGACAGAAGCAUAGCCUCUGCCCGGCCCUCCUCCCACGGCUGCCUGCCUCCCUUGCUCCCUCCCCUCCUCCACCCUGUUAGUUUUGUAAAAACUGAAGAAUUUUGAGUGAA